AUGUGCAGAGGCUCAAAGGGUGAUUCUUGCCCUUCAAAUCCAAUCAUGGAAGACAAAUCUUACAGCCAAAAGGACACUUUCUCGUAUAAAUGCUCAGUUUUGCUCGAAUUGGCUGCCUCUGAUGAUCUUGCUGGCUUCAAAACUGAGGUUGAACAGAAGGGUUUGGAUAUUGAUGAGGCAAGCUAUUGGUAUGGUAGAAGAAUUGGGUCGAAAAGUAUGGGUUUCGAAGAGAGAACAGCCCUCAUGAUUGCUGCCAUGUUUGGAAGCACUGAUGUUUUGAAGUAUAUCAUUGAAACUGGCAAAGUCAAUGUCAAUAGGGUGUGUGGCUCGGAGAAGGUCACUGCCCUUCACUGUGUCGUUGCUGGCUGUGCUGAUUCGUCAGUUGGUAUUGUCAAGUUCUUGCUUGAUGCAUCUGCUGAUCCUAACAUGGUCGAUGCUAAUGGAAAUAAGCCUGGUGAUCUCUUUGCCCUUUCAUCCAAGUGUCUCUGCAAUUCAAGGAAGAAGGUGAUUGAGUUGUUGCUAAAAGGCGAAAGGUUAAGUGGAGAUGAAGAAGAAAAACUGAUCGUAAUGCCUCAGUUGGCAAAAGAAGCAACUGAAAAGAAAGAAUAUCCUCUUGACGUGACGCUGCCAGACAUAAACAAUGGAAUGUAUGGUACUGAUGAGUUUAGAAUGUACUCUUUCAAGGUCAAGCCUUGCUCCAGGGCAUACUCUCAUGAUUGGACCGAGUGCCCAUUUGUCCAUCCAGGAGAGAAUGCAAGGAGGAGAGACCCAAAGAAGUACCCUUACAGUUGUGUCCCUUGCCCUGAAUUUCGCAAGGGAACAUGCCAGAAGGGUGAUUCUUGUGAAUAUGCACAUGGUGUUUUUGAGUCCUGGCUGCAUCCUGCCCAAUAUCGAACCCGGCUUUGCAAGGACGAAACUGGUUGCGCACGAAAAGUUUGUUUCUUUGCACACAAGCCUGAGGAAUUGCGCCCUGUUUAUGCUUCUACAGGUUCAGCAAUGCCUUCACCGAGGUCAACGUCUAGUGCAGUAGACAUGGCAACUUUGAGUCCGUUGGCCCUUGGAUCAUCAUCGUUGCCAUUGCCGGCUACAUCAACACCACCAAUGUCUCCCUUGGCGGUAGCCUCUUCAUCUCCUAAGAAUGGAGGCUUGUGGCAGAACAAAGUUAGCCUUACCCCACCUGCUUUGCAGCUUCCAGGAAGUAGGCUAAAGACAGCGUACUGUGCUAGAGAUUUGAAUUUGGAGAUGGAAUUGCUUGGGCUAGAAAGCUAUUCUAGCCAAUUCCAGCAUCAGCAACUGAGGGAUGAGAUGUCGGGUCUCUCCUCGCCAUCUCACUGGAGCAAUAGGAUUGCAGAUUUGAAACCUGCCAACCUUGAUGAUGUUUUUGGAUCUCUCGAUCCUUCUCUAAUGUCUCCUCUGCAGGGUGUUUCAUUAAAAGCUGGCACACCAACCCAGUUACAAUCUCCCAAUGGGCUUCAGAUCCGCCAGAACAUGAACCAACUUCGUUCAAGCUACCCAGCUGCCAAUCUCUCAUCUUCUCCAGCUAGGAACCCUACUUCAUAUGGGUUCGAUUCAUCCGCUGCAGUGGCAGCUGCUGUAAUGAAUUCAAGAUCCUCUGCAUUUGCAAAGCGGAGCCAGAGUUUCAUUGACCGCGGAGCAGUACCCAACCGUCUUGGUCUCACUGCGGCUGCAAACUCUGCAUCCAUGAUGUCCUCUAAUCUUUUGGAUUGGAGCUCCCCUAAUGGGAAACUGGAUUGGGGCAUUCAAGCAGAUGAGCUGAACAAGCUCAAGAAGUCUGCUUCCUUUGGAUUUCGAAGCAACAAUAAUCCGGCGACGACAGCUGCUAACUUGACGGUUUCACAUGUUGACGAGCCAGAUGUUUCUUGGGUUAAUUCGUUGGUUAAAGAUGUCCCCCCUGCUGAAAGGACAUCUUUUGUUGCUGAGAAGCAAUAUAGUCUUGGCAAAGGAGUUCGCGAAUCUCUGCCACCCUGGAUGGAGCAGAUGUACAUAGAACAGGAGCAGAUGGUGGCAUAA